UCCGGGACAGAGAGAAAACACUGGCGCUGGCAGGUGGCAGCUAAGGGCCAAAGCAUUCGCAGCAAGGGACGCCGACGCUGCCGGGCCCCAUGGCUCAGACGGCCCCAGAGAACAGAGGGCUGCAGACCAGGGCUGCUCCCCAGGAUGCCUCGGGCCUGCAGGACAGCUUGUUCUCCUCGGAAAGUGACAACAGCCUGUACUUCACCUACAGUGGCCCGUCCAACACCUUGGAGGUCCAGGGCCUCAGCUACCAGGUGGACGCGGCCUCCCAGGUGCCUUGGUUUGAGCAGCUGGCUCAGUUUAAGAUGCCUUGGGCCUCUCACAAGGACUCUUGUGAGCUGGGCAUCCAGAACCUGAGCUUCAAAGUGAGGAGUGGGCAGAUGCUGGCCAUCAUAGGGAGCUCAGGUUGUGGGAGAGCCUCUUUGCUGGACGUGAUCACUGGGCGAGGCCACGGUGGCAAAAUUAAGUCAGGUCAAAUCUGGAUCAACGGGCAGCCCAGCACGCCCCAGCUGGUGAGGAAGUCUGUGGCCCACGUGCGCCAGCACGACCAGCUGCUCCCCAACCUGACUGUCCGCGAGACCUUGGCUUUCGUGGCCCAGCUGCGCCUGCCCAGAACCUUCUCCCAGGCCCAGCGUGAUAAAAGGGUGGACGACGUGAUCGCGGAGCUGCGGCUGCGGCAGUGCGCCAACACGCGCGUGGGGAACACCUACGUGCGGGGGGUGUCGGGGGGCGAGCGGCGGAGAGUCAGCAUCGGGGUGCAGCUUCUGUGGAACCCAGGAAUCCUCAUUCUGGAUGAGCCCACCUCGGGGCUCGACAGCUUCACGGCCCACAACCUGGUGAAGACCCUGUCCCGGCUGGCCAAGGGCAACAGGCUGGUGCUCAUCUCCCUGCACCAGCCGCGCUCCGACAUCUUCCGGCUGUUCGACCUGGUCCUCCUGAUGGCGUCGGGCAUCACCAUCUACCUGGGGGCGGCCCAGCACAUGGUCCAGUACUUCACCGCCAUUGGCCACCCCUGUCCUCGCUACAGCAACCCCGCUGACUUCUACGUGGACCUGACCAGCAUAGACAGGCAGAGCGGAGAGCGGGAAGUGGCCACCAGGGAGAAGGCCCGGUCCCUUGCAGCCUUGUUUCAGGAAAAAGUGCGUGACUUCGAUGACUGUCUGUGGAGAGCGGAGGCCAGGGACUCUGGUUCCAAGAGCCUGGUCCUCCCACAUGACCCCGACCACCUCUCGACGCCCACCCAGCUGCCCGGCCCCGUGCAGCAGUUUACCACGCUGAUCCGGCGUCAGAUUGCCAACGACUUCCGAGACCUACCAACCCUCCUCAUCCAUGGGGCGGAGGCCUGCCUGAUGUCCCUGGUCAUCGGAUUCCUCUAUUACGGCCAUGGGACCAUCAAACUCUCCUUCAUGGACACGGCAGCCCUCUUGUUCAUGAUCGGAGCUCUCAUCCCUUUCAACGUGGUCCUGGAUGUCAUUGCCAAAUGUCACUCGGAGAGGGCGAUGCUUUACUACGAGCUGGAGGACGGGCUGUACACUGCCGGCCCCUAUUUCUUUGCCAAGAUCCUCGGGGAGCUCCCGGAGCACUGUGUCUACAUCCUCAUCUAUGGGAUGCCCACCUACUGGCUGGCCAACCUGCGCCCGAGCCCCGAGCCCUUCCUGCUGCACUUCCUGCUGGUGUGGCUGGUGGUGUUCUGCUGCCGGCUCAUGGCCCUGUGCGCCGCCGCCCUGCUCCCCACCUUCCACAUGUCCUCCUUCUUCGGCAACGCUCUCUACAACUCCUUCUACCUGACCGGGGGCUUCAUGAUCAGCUUGAGCAACCUGUGGACAGUGCCCGCCUGGAUCUCCAACGUGUCCUUCCUCCGAUGGUGUUUUGAAGGGCUGAUGCAGAUUCAUUUUAAAGGGCAAACUUACCACUUGGUAGUCGGCAACCUCACCUUCCCUAUCCCGGGAGACAAAAUCCUCAGCAAUAUGCACCUGAACUCGUACCCACUCUACGCCAUCUACUUCAUCCUCAUCGGCAUCAGUGGUGGCUUCGUGGCCCUGUACUAUGUGUCCUUAAAGUUCAUCAAACAGAAAUCAAGUCAAGACUGGUGAUUCACGCCCAGACUCCUGCCCACUGGUGAGGGACUCGAGCAGACCUUUCCACUGCACUCCCUUCCGCCCAAGAGCCCCGGCGGGGUAUACAAGGAGGACAGUGAGCACAGCUGCUCAGUGACAUCUGGCCACGGUGCUGCAGUGGCACAAGCUGGCCACAGGAUGGCAGCAGAAUAAAGACAGUCAAAAGGGAUUUCUAAUCACUGGCCAGAGCCUAAGAUUACUGGGAGCAUGAAAACCAUACUUGAGACACCUACAAUGUUGCUCAUUUAUUUCCUUUUGAUAUGUAUUUAUAUAGGCAACUCAAUACAGGAUGGG